CCCCAUGGCGAUGGUGGCAUUCUACAACCCCAUGGUGGUGGUUGCAUAGUACAACCACAACCACACCAAGACCCACAACCCCAUGGUGGUGGCAUCCCACAACUACACCAAGACCCACAACCCCAUGGUGGUGGCAUCCUACAACUACACCGAGACCCACAACCCCAUGGCGCUGGCAUCCUACAACUACACCGAGACCCACAACCCCAUGGUGGUGGCAUCCCACAACACCAAGACCCACAACCCCAGGGUGGUGGCAUCCUACAACUACACCAAGACCCACAACCCCAUGGUGGUGGCAUCCUACAACUACACCAACACACACACACACACACCCAUGGUGGUGGUGGCAUUCUACAACCCCAUGGUGGACUACAACCCCAAGAACACCUGCAACCAGCCCUGAACACCCACUCAGCCAACAAACGCUGCAGUUCUCCUUUCUUGUGGACCCACCUGCUCCCUCAUGUCAGGAGGGACUUUACUUGCCAAAGCUUGUGCAUCCAACGCCUAAUAAUGGAGCACGCUUUCAAGUAGAGGCCAACAAAGAACUGGAGUUCAGGGUGAAGGCACUAGCUACAUAUGGAACAAUAAAUAAUGUCAUCAUCAGUGGACCGCUGAAUAUCAGCAAGCACAGGAACACACAUGGCGAGUUUGUCAUUAGGUGGACGCCUGUACCGGAUGACGUGGGAGAACAUUUCCCCAUCUGCUUUGCUGUUGAAUCAGUGACUGGGUCUCGGGUCUAUCAGUCCGAGAUGAGGUGUGUUCUGGUGGAGGUCCAUAGGGAGCUGGUUAAAGCCAAUGUGAUCUGCGAUGAGUCCACAAUGACAGUCGAGGUUGAGAAAGCUUCCUUCCCUCGACUCCAUGAAGAUCAUUUGCGACUUAAUGAUCCUGUCAACACAGCCUGCAGCCUCCAGACAAACUCCAACAGCACUCACAUUAUCGCUGUGGUCCCCUUCAAUGCUUGUGGCACUCAGAUAGAGGAAGAUGAAGACGACCUAACUUUCACGAAUGAAAUCACCACACUUGACAACAUAGGAGAUCUGAUCACCAGGAGACACAUGGUGGAGGUGCAGUUCUCCUGCAAGUACCCCAAACGUGGAAAUGUUACACAGAGCUUCUCAGUGCACAGGAAGAAUGUCACAGUGUGUGAGACAGGCUUUGGCACUUUCACCUACCAAUUUGAAUUCUAUCCCACCAACCAAUACCGAACCAUGGCUGAUCCAAAUUCAUACCCUCUGGAGUAUGACGUAGGGAGCGAGAUUCACAUGCAGAUAGAGGCCACCUCCACAGUCAACAACACCGAGCUGUUUGUGGAGUCCUGCAGAGCUGCACCAUAUGACAACCCAAACUACCAGCCAACCUACUCCAUCAUUGAAAACGGGUGUAAUGUGGACCCGACUGUUGUUGUCCAUCCAUCCUCCCAUGAUAGAGAAUUCCGGUUCAGCAUGGAGGCCUUCAAGUUCAUCGGCAUGUAUGACCAGGUGUACAUCAGCUGUUCGGUCAUGAUGUGUGAAGCAGGGGUCCCCAACACCAGGUGCUCGCAAGGAUGCAUCAAUUCAGUAUCAGUGCCAGGCAAUCUAAUCACAAGCCGCCGCAAGAGACAGGCUGUCACUCAGAGUUUAAGGCACUUGGUUUCCCAGGGUCCCCUGCGCUUUAGGAGGUCAGCAGAGAGCACCGGAAACCCAGGGAUCAACUUGAACCUGAACUUGGUAUUCAUUGCUGGAUGUCUUCUUGCAGCUGUUGGCAUGAUCAGUGCAGUGGUCAUGUACAAAGCCAAAAUAUCCAGGGUCAGAUACCAACCAUUGCCCAGAUAUGACAGUUAAGACAGCUGUGUGUGCAAAACACCUAUUCUGUCUUAGAUACUGCCAUGUGUAACAUCACAUAUUAAGGUAUUGACAGAGCUGCAACAUGCAUUAAGAUUUUUAACCCAAUGAAGGCAGUGCAGCAUUACUUUUUGCUUUGACUACAUAAAGCUUUUUGGUUAGUUUUACUAUCAGAUUGAGUUAUCAAGUAUCUAGUUAUGUGUGCAGUUAAAAGAAUUAAUUUUAUAUCUACACCUUUAGAAAUACAGCUAUAUGACAGAAAAUAUUUAGUGAGGAACAAUUAACCAGAAAGGAAGUUUCAUAUUAAUCAGCACUGAAAGGAUGAUCAACCAGUACUGCAACUGCUAGCUGACUUUUCACUUGUAGUGUAACCUUGUAACCCUAUCUUUUCAAACGCAUCUACUAUUAUGUAUCCCAGUAUGAUUUAAAACAAGUAUCUUGAUCUAUACAUGUAGUCCUACCUAGUCAUAAUCACCAUAAUCAGUCCUGUGCCAAAUGUUAUCAUUACCUGUCAAAGCCCUUUACAGCUUAACCAAAGUCAAUUAUGAUUCACUUGCUAAAUGUAUCAAU